CGAGCCUGGCCUUGAGAAACACGGUCCAUGGCGCAAGGCCGAGAGGAGGGCUCCUUCUCCUCCGCCAGCAGCGCGUCCCUGUCCGUGAGAUGGGUGCAAGGAUUCCCUAAGCAGAAUGUUCAUUUUGUCAACGACAGCACCAUUUGCUAUGCCAGUGGCAAUUUUGUAAUAUUUAUUAAUAUCGAAACCAAGAAAAAAACUGUACUCCAGUGUAUGAAUGGCAUUGUGGGCGUCGUGGCAACUAACAUUCCUUAUGAAGUUGUGGCUUUUUCUGACCGGAAGCUAAGACCUCUCAUCUACAUAUACAACUUUCCUGGAUUGGCCAGAAGGACCAAAUUAAAAGGCAAUGUUCUUCUGGACUAUACUCUACUUUCAUUCAGUUAUUGUGGCACUUACCUGGCUAGUUACUCCUCUCUCCCAGAAUUUGAAUUGGCUCUCUGGAACUGGGAAUUAGGUGUCAUUUUGUGCAAGAAAUCACAACCUGGUGUAGAUGUGAGCCAGAUGACCUUUAACCCCAUGAACUGGCGCCAGCUGUGCUUGUCAAGUCCAAGUUCAGUGACUGUGUGGACCAUUGAAAGAAGUAACCAGGAGCAUUAUCUCAAAGCAAAGUCGGUAAAAUUACCUAUGGAAGACGGGUCAUAUUUUAAUGAAAAAGACAUAAUUUUCCCUGAAUCGUUGCCCAAGGAUCUUAUCUAUGGACCUGUCCUCCCACUAUCAGCCAUUGCUGGGCUAGUAGGCGAAGAGGCUGAAACUUUCAGGCCCAAAGAUGAUCUCUAUCCUUUGCUUCACCCAACUAUGCACUGCUGGACUCCACAGAGUGAGCUGUACGUUGGCAGUGAAGAGGGUCAUCUCUUAGUGAUUAAUGGAGAAAACCUGAAGGUGACUGUGCUUGAGAAGAUAGAAGACAUAUCACCAAUGGGAGGAAGAAAUCUUAUCAGUCCAAUCACCAUAGCAUAUCAGAAGGGAGGUGUGCUUGCUUCUGGAAUUGAUGGCUUUGUGUAUUCUUUUACUAUUAAAGAUGCAAAUUACAAAGUAGAAGAUUUUCUUCAGGUUGAAGAGCCUGUGGAGCAUCUGAUGUUUUCUCCCAGUUACAAAAUGUUGCUGAUUCAAACAGGGAAGGGAUCUAUUUAUAUUUAUACUUUUGGUGAGGAGCCAACCUUGGAUAAAAUCCUAGAGGCUUGUGAUGGGAAAUUUCAAGCAAUUGACUUGAUCACACCUGGAAAUCAAUAUUGCAUGACAGUCACGUAUUCAGGGGAAGUUUGUAUUUGGUGGAUAGAGGAUGGUACUUGUGUCAGCAGGCUUUCUCUAAACACCCAUGCAACAGUUCUGGCUUGCUCUCCCUCCUCCUUCUCUGCGGCAGUGGGGACUGUAAAUGGCUCUGUCCACUUCAUUGAUGUCCUGGAGACCGAAUCCCCUGAGGAAAUUCACAUGGUCCAUCUCUGUGACAAUGAAAUUCAGCACCUCCUUUAUGACCAGCGAGGAAUGUAUCUGUUAGCUGGGACAUUAGAAGGACACAUCUUUGUUAUCAAUGCCAAACCCUCAAGCUCAUUUCAGAUUUUUGGAUUCGUAGAGGUGGACAAAGGCAUUUUACAGAUAGCCACAGUGUCUCUUUUGGAAACAGAUAUAGUGGAAGUGAUGGUGCUUUCUCCAAUUCCAGAGACAGGACGAAGCAAGCUGGAAAUAUUUACUCUGCCUAAAAUACUACCACUAGUUUUUGCAACCUUUGCUGAUGAAAGAGGGAGGAUGAGAGAUGAAUUCAUUCAUAAGUUCCUGUACGAGGUAGAACACUCUCUGUCCUCUGCAGUGUUGGACUUCCAAAGUCACAUAAUAUACGGUUUCUGUAGUGAAGUGCCGUACAUCUGCUGCUAUCAACUUCCUAAACAAGAACAUAGAGGUGUUUACAUUCUUAAGCCAUACCAAAAAGUGCAGAGCAAACAAUAUGGACCUGGAAUGCUCUCUCUGUCUGGGCAUGGAUUGUGGCUCAUAACAAGAGCUAAAUGUGGAACUAUGCAUAUCCGAGACGUUCACACUUUGGAAACACUUGUUCGGUGUCGGAGUCAUUCUCACCAGGGGCAUGGAAUUCAGUCAGUGAGAAUUUCAUUGGAUGGACAAACCAUUCUGGUGAAUGGGAGAGAUGAUGGCACCCUUGUUUGCCUAAGAUGGAGGCGGUUUGGAGGAAGCUUAGCCGGUGACAUUAUUCAAUACUGCCAGCUUCUUUUAGCUUCUCUGAGCAGCACCAUGGAUGAUGAGAAUAUUCAUUUAAGUCUGAAACAAAGGGAGUCCAUGGAUAUAGAAUCUGAACCAACAGUAUAUGAGGAUGUCAAGUUAAGCAUUCACUCAUCACAAGAUGAAUUAAUCCAACAAGUUGCUAAGAAGGAAAUUUCCUGGUUAGAACGAAAAAGCCAAGAGGCCAUCGAAAAGGAGGUUAAACUGUUUUCCAACAAAAGGAAAGAGAUAAAAAGAGAAAUCAAAGCACUUGCUAAAACUGUUCUGAACAUGAUGGAAGAAAAUGAAGCAGAAAAUAAUGUUGCAAAAUUAGAGCAACGGGAAUUUGGCCUAGAUCUGGACGAACUGGACCGGCUUCAGAAAGAAAGUGAGAGAGAAGUGGCAGAGAUAAGAAAAGAUGUGGAGAUGCAUAACCUAGCCAAGAGCUAUUUGGCUGAAAUUAUUAAAGAAGAAUGCUGGAAUUCAAUGGCUGUGAAAGGUCGAGCUCUGAAGUGCUUUCAUAUCCCCUACGUGGUUGAGAACUUCCCAAUGAAAGAACGCACGGAAGAAGAGCUGAAAGAAGUGAAGAGGGUUUUGCAGCUGAAGAAGAUUGAAACAGAGUGUUUGAAACUACGGAAGGAAAUUAUAGAGGUUCAGUCUGCUAUUACCAUGGUUAAAAAGCCUCAUCAUGAAGAGGAGGAUGAAGAGGACGACGAAGACAUGGCAAUAAAAGAUACCAGGUUGCCCAAUUACCUGCUUGGCAGUCUGUGUACUGAUUUUGGGAUACAUGCCUCUUUGUUGUCAAGCCAAUUGGAACUUCAUUCCAGAGAGGAGAAAAUCAACCAAAUUAUAUUAUUAAAAGAUAUCAUUUACAAGGUAAAAACUGUUUUCAAUAAUGAGUUUGAUGCUGCAUAUAAACAAAAAGAGUUUGAAAUUAUACGUGUGAAGGAAAGAAAUGUAAGAAUUCAAGAAAUUAUUUUAGAUCUGGAAUUGGAAGAAUCAGUCUGGCUACCAGAAUUUGAUGACUGUGAGAAGCCAGAGAGAACCCUUGUUGUGGAAAGUAGUGAGAUUACAGCUCAAAAGCAUAUUCCUCCUUGGCAAAAAGCCAAAACAGAAUUGAUUGCAGCCCAAAAAAUGGAGCAAUGGCUUCAGUCACAGGCCAAUAGCACAAGACAUCGAGCCCUGAUGGACAUGAUGGGAGGAGUUCUGGAAGUCAAGAAGGAAGACAUUCUGAGAAUGGUGAUUCCUCAGCCUGCUUUCAUGGCAAAACCUGAUGCCAUAUGGACUGAAGAGGAAAGAAAACAAUUCAAAGACUAUGAGAAAAAAGUCAAGGAGUUAAAUGAAGAAAGAGAUAAGUAUAGAAAGUCCUUAGAAGCAGAAUUGAAGAAACUUCAAAAUUCAAUUCAAGAAAGCACACAGAAUUUUGAUGAAUAUUUGAAAAGACUCUUUGAAAGGAGAGUGAAGGCAGAAAUGGUUGUCAACCAGGAGGAAUUGAAAAUAAAUAACCUUCUCUUUUCUUUGCUGUUGGAUGAAGAAUUAAGCACCAGAGAAACAUUUCUAAACAACUAUCUUUUAAAGAAGCAGGAGGAGAAAAGCCAGACUACAGAGGCCAUCCAGAAAGCUAAAGAUGACCUUGAUUUGUACAAGGAGCACUAUGACAACUUACUGGCAGAAGAUAAGGUUAUGGAUCGCAGCUUUAAAAAGGAAUUUUCUGAAGCCCCCAGUCAUCAGGUGGAUAUGCUCUACAAACUUUUUAAACGCCGACCCAGGAUUCACAAACCGAAAACGCACUCGGAAUCGGCCACUCUUGUUCCUUUUGGAGAACGACCAGGAUCUGGGAAAUUGAAUAAAGAUGCCCUUGCUCAGUUAAUGAAAGCCAUGGAUGACUUGGACAAUAUUAAUAACAUGCCAGAAGGCGUGGACCCCUUGGUCUGGAAUCAUUUCUGUGUGACCAGACGAAUGAAAGUGGAAAACGAACAAAAAGUAAAGCAAAAAGCAGCUGGUUUAGUGGAAAUGAUGGCUUUCCUCCGGAAGAGAGUUGAUGAGGAUGAGAAGGUGCAAGAGGAAAUUGAAAAAGUGUCCCAUGAACUCAUUCUAUUACAGGAAGAGAAAGUUAAAUUCCAGUUGAAUUUGACCAUCCAAAUUCUCCUUAAACAAGGACAAGUAGAACUGGAGAAUUUCCAGUUAUUGCUGGAAUAUGCUGACGCCAUUCUCAUCAACAAGACCAUCAUUGAAGACCUGAAUGCCGUGAUUCGGACUCAAGGGCAUAAGAAAGUUGCUAGCAUGAUGGAAAGUAAAGAUAUCCACAAAGGAAUAUUUCAGAUUGAGUGGGAACAUAAGAAAAUGGAGAUGGAAAUGGAAGAUCUAAAUCAGAGGGCUUGGGAUAUUCAAAUGCUGUUUUUUUCAAGAGAACGUCAAAAGUACCUAAGUGAACCAAACUAUGAGACUCUGGUUGCCAUUCAAAUUGGAAUAAUGGAGCAAACUAUUGCUGUUAUAGAUAAGACCCAUAAAAAGAACGUGGAAAACCGUAAAAAACUACUAAAGAAACUGGGAAAGGUCAGCAAUCAAAAAGAUGUAGCAAAUUAUAGUCUAAGCUGCAAUUUACAAGAAGAAUUGGUGGCUGUCUCAGAGAGAAAAGACAUCUCUAAUGCCAUGGGGUCUCAACUGACUUUUGAAAAAAUUGCCAAAGGACAAUAUGAAAACAUGAUGGACCAACAAAAGUUAACACAUAUUUCAAAAGAACAAGCUGAACAGAUUUUAGUACUGCAAGCUGAAGUUGAAAGAUUAAGGCUGAAAACAUAUCCUGCUCUUAUUCAAAUGUAAAAAUACGGGUGGGAAACACAAGACCAAAUCAAUCAUUUAAAAAUAAUUUAAUUUGAUUAAAUGAUUUUUUGUUCUUUCAUAUCAGGAAAUUUAAGUGAAGCCUCUUCUCAGUUGCAUAGUUUAAUAGCAAAUUAUUUAAUUUUAGCCUUAAUAAUUAUAAAAAUGUUUGUCAUGCAUACAUAAAUAUAUAAAAUAUUAUGAAUUAUUGUUUU